AUGAUAACCUACAAAAACUUGAAGGUGUUAGAUUUCGACGACAAUCAUUUCAGUGGGAACAUUCCUCCAGAAAUUGGAGAACUAUCUUCUCUUAAGGUUUUUUCUGUGUAUAGUAACGAACUUAACGACUCUCUACCUAUCCCGGGUUUAUGUUCACUGAAGCAUCUUGAAGAAUUAGAUCUUAGCUGGAAUAUAUUUCAGGGGAGCCUUCCAACAUGCCUGAAUAAUUUAACAUCCCUUAAGCUUUUAGAUCUAACUCAAAACCAAUUUACAGGAAGCAUUCCUUCUUCUUUAAUAGCGGGUCUCGCAUCCCUUGAGUACAUAGAUCUAAGUCAUAACCAUUUUGAGGGCUUGUUUUCAUUCAGCUCAUUCGCUAAUCACUCAAACCUUGAGGUGGUUCAAUUGGUAAGUGAUAAUAGCAAAUUCGAGGUUGGAACCGAAGAUCCAGAUUGGGUUCCUUCAUUUCAGUUAAGGGUCCUUGUGCUGUCUAAUUGCAACCUGAAUAAGCUCACUGGUCAGGUACCUACAUUCCUCUUCAACCAGUUCAACUUGCUCAUGGUUGACCUAUCUCACAAUAAUUUGACAGGAAGCUUCCCUAGUUGGUUUCUCCAGAAUAAUAUUGGACUACAACGUUUAUAUCUAAGAAAUAAUUCUUUCACCGAUCAACUUCAGCUAUGGCAUGUUCAUUCUAUAAUUUACUUGGAUAUCUCAAGCAAUGACUUGAAUGGACGACUUCAAGAAAAUAUUGGGAAGCUUGUUCCACACUUAUUAUAUCUUAAUCUGUCAAAUAAUGCUUUUGAAGGCAGUCUUCCAUCUUCAGUUGGUGACUUGAAUGAAUUGGAAGGAUUAGAUUUGUCCAAUAAUAAUUUUACAGGAGAAGUCCCCAAGGAAUUGAUCAUAAAUUGCACAAGGAUCUGUGUUCUAAACUUAAGUAACAAUAAGUUCUAUGGUGAAAUAUUUUCUUCUCACUUUAACUUGACUUCGAUUACGUCUUUACAUUUGAACAACAAUUUCUUCAAUGGAACUUUGUCAAAUGCAGUAUUACAAUGUCCAAGUUUGAAGGUAUUCGAUGUUGGCAAGAAUUGCAUGUCAGGUAAAAUUUCGAGAUGGUUGGAUAAUAUAACAAACUUGGAUAUCCUUUUACUAAAUGAUAAUUUUUUUGAAGGUGAAAUUCCAUGCAAACUGGGUAGAAAUAAAUUCAGAGGUACACUUGGGUUGGUAGACCUAUCUCACAACUCUCUUUCAGGGUCUUUACCUUCAUGUUUAAGAUUAGAAAUGGUACAACGUAUAAAUUUACAAGGAAACAAUCUCAGUGGACAAUUACCCAAAGGUCUUCUUAACUCUUCCACACUGUUGAUGCUGAACAUUAGAGAUAAUGGCUUUGUCGGCAGCAUUCCUGACAUAAUUACAGUUCCGAACUUGCGGGUUAUGCUGUUAGGAGGAAAUUACUUGAGUGGUACAAUUCCUAAAGCUUUAUGUCAAUUAAGAAAGAUAAGCUUCAUAGAUCUAUCCCGCAACUUUUUAAGUGGGUCAAUUCUUCAUUGCUUCAACAAUAUCGCAUUCGGAAAUCUAGUGACUGAUGAUCGUAUCUUUAAACUUCAAGGUAUUAUAGGCGAUUUUUGGCAUUUUUCAUAUUACAAAUUCAAAAGCCUAUCGUAUGAUGUGCUUCGCCAUCAAGUUGUUAGCCCGUAUACUUCAUAUUAUUUACAAGAUGAAGUUGAGUUUAUUACGAAAAAUAGGUCCAAUUCCUACGAGGGAGACAUCCUCAAUUACAUGUCAGCAUUGGAUUUGUCUUACAACAACUUAACAGGUGACAUCCCUGAGGAACUAGGAUUGCUGUCUCAGAUUCAUGCACUGAAUUUGUCUCACAAUCAACUCACUGGUUCUAUUCCUACAACAUUCUCAAACCUUAAUAAGAUAGAGAGCUUGGAUCUUUCCCACAAUAACUUGAUUGGAGAAAUCCCUUCAGAGUUGAACAAACUUCACUUUUUGGGAGCAUUUACUGUCGCGUAUAACAAUUUGUCGGGAAAAAUUCCUAAUGGUCCAGGACAAUUAGGGACAUUUGAAAAAAGAAGCUUCGAAGGAAAUAAAUUUUUAUGUGGAUUUCCAUUGGAGAAGAAGUGUGGAAGUAAAAAUCAUUGGAAUCACGUAACCAUAUCUUCGUCGGAUCAAAGCGGAGAAAAAUGGCUAGAGAAUGAUUGGUUGGUCUUCUUUGCAAGCUUCUCAGUAGCUUUUAUUAUAUUUUUCUCUGGAGUUAUUUCUGUUCUUUAUAUUAAUCCUUAUUGGCAACAUAGAUUUUACGAGUGUAUUUAUUCAUAUUAUUAUUUUGUUUGUGAUACUUUUUACAAGUUCUUUUGUGUACUUGUAUGA